CAGAAGGGUGUCACAUUUCUGUCUGAGCUUAUGGCGGAGGACAAUGGCACAAAUGAGAGUCUGUCUUUUACUAAUCAGCAAUUCUUUAAGUAUGACUUUGAUGCUCCUACCAUUUCAAAAGCUGUAGUGGCUGUAGGAAUACCCCUGUUCUUCAUCUAUGUAAACUGUGUCAUGCUCUUUGCUCUAGGAAGCAAGUCCAUAUUCUAUGAGACGCCACGCUAUAUACUUUUUGGCCACAUGCUUAUGAAUGACUCUGUGCUGUUGCUGGUCACAAUCAUCCUGUAUAUCCUGACGGUGUCUGUCUUUAAAAUAACAAAAGCCGUCUGUACUCUUUUAGAGUUUGUCUCCAAUAGCACUUUCCAGAAUGCUCCUCUGACACUGGCAGUGAUGUCCCUGGAGCGGUAUGUGGCUAUCUGCUUUCCUUUAAGGCACUGCAACAUCGCCACACCAAAAAGGACUUACAUUGCUUUAGGAAUCAUCUGGUUCCUUAGCUCUCUAAGUGUCAUUAUAGACAUUAUUUCUACAUUCAUCAUCAACCCCAAUUAUUUAGCAGAGUUUUCAUAUUGCACAAUAGAAAAAACGUUUCCAGCUAAAUGGCAAACAGAUAAAACUCAAGGGUUUCAUGUUCUUUUAUUUGUGUCUGUAGCAAUAAUCAUUAUUUUCACUUACAUUAGCAUUAUGGUGACAGCCCGGUCUGUUUCAUCUGAGAAAGAUUCUGCUAGGAAAGCACACAGAACAGUGUUAUUGCAUUUGAUUCAGCUGGGCCUGUGUCUCACCUCUUUCCUCUAUACUACAAUAGAAAGAACACUGAAUCUCAGAUUAGCUAACCUCAGAAUUCUGAAUUAUCUCAUUGUUCUACUUCUGCCACGCUGUCUGAGCCCUCUGAUCUACGGUCUGAGAGAUGAUGCUUUGAGGCCCUUAUUCAAAUAUUACUUCAUCUAUCGUUCAGGCAAAAUAAGGCCGUCUGUUAAUGUGCAUUAA